AUGUUCGCUGCAGCCACUUCUUUCUUUGCCCGGACCAAUAUCAGUCAGUCGUAUAGCAUUGGCUCGCCGUCACAAGGACUGGGAUUAGGGACUAGCAGGCCAUCUACUCCAGGAGGUACCUCAACAGGGACCUCACUGUCUGCACCACCUGCUGCAACUCCUACUUUCUACAUAGGAUUAUGGAAAGUGCAAUCUGCCUGGCAUAAGGUCACCAAUAAACGCGUGUCCGUAUGGACUUUCGAUAAAAGAGGACAAGAUAUGGAAAGAUUGGGCCCUCAGUCCAAGGAAAGAGUAGUUGAAGUUAUGAAAUCUGAGGCUUCAGCUCUAGGAAGACUGCGGCACCCUUCUAUCCUAGGUGACUUGUUUGACAAUGUUCAAAAACACAUCAGGAAACUCACGCGUUUCGUUGAAGAAAUGGUGGAACCUUUAGAAGAAACACGGAAUGAGCUUGUGUUUGCCACAGAACCAGUGCUGGCGUCGCUGCAAUUAGCCAUCCCAGAUUCCGGAAGACAGACUUCUCUUGUUGAACUUGAUGAAAUCGAGAUACAAAAAGGUGUGCUUCAAAUGUGCAAAGGGCUCUCAUUCCUCCACACGUCAGCAAAAUUAAUUCAUUCACAUCUGUCUCCCGAAACUGUGGUGAUCAAUGGUGCCGGUGAUUGGAAAAUUUCAGGUCUAGGUUUGACCAUUCCUCUGUACGCUCCUGGAGGAGGUGCAACCCGGUGGGAGUUUCCGACCUUCGAUGGGAGAGUACCGCCAUACAUUCAAAGAUCAUUUGACUACAUGGCUCCGGAGUAUGCUUUGGAUGAACAACUCGUAACUGCCUCAGAUAUGUAUUCCCUUGGGUGUAUAUUGUAUGCAGUCCAUUGCAAGGGAAUCCCUCCUUUCAGGAAUCACGGUAGUCUUGGUGGAUUGCGUGAAAACGCUUCAAAACCUGUGCCUGGUAUUGAUAGGCUUGACGGUGAUCUUCAAGUCCUUCUCAGGUCUCUAAUCACGCGACACUAUGGAUCGAGACCUACCCCUGAAUCAUUACCCUCCCAUGCUUUUUUCUCAUCGUUACCUAUCUCUACUUUGAAUUUCUUGGAUCGCUCGAAUUUCACUGCCAAGACGCGAGAAGAGAAGAUAUCUUUUAUGAAAGGCCUUACCACUGUCUUGGAUCGGUUUUCAGAAGGAUUACGAACAAGGAAAAUUCUCCCUUCAUUAUUGGAAGAAAUGAAAGAUACUCAACUCUUGCCUUACAUUUUACCCAAUGUCUUUGUAAUAUCCCAAAAUUUAUCUGCAUCCCAAUUUGCUUCCAUCGUAUUGCCAAGCUUGAAACCCUUGUUUGCGAUUCGAGAACCACCUCAAAACAUGUUGACCCUUCUGGACAAUCUUACAAUGCUUCAAGACAAAACAGACAAAAACGUUUUCAGAGAACAUGUCCUCCCUCUUGUUUACAAUGCGCUUGAAUCUGAACAUGCCGUGGUGCAAGAGAGGGCUUUGAAAGUCGUUCCUGGAUUAUGUGAUACGAUUGAUUAUGCUGAAGUUCAAGAAGUUCUUUUCCCCAGAGUAGCCUUUGUGUUCACCAAAACUCGCAUAUUGACUGUGAAAGUUGCUACUCUGGUUACUCUACUUGCAAUGGUGAAAACCUUGGAUCAGACAACGUUAACCCAGAAGCUUGUACCAUUGCUGUCAAAGAUCCGCACGAAAGAACCCGCUGUGAUGAUGGCAACAUUAUCUGUGCAAGAAGCCAUGGGAUUGAAAGUAGAUCGAGAGGCGGUCGCAACUUUGGUUUUACCUCAACUAUGGGCAAUGUCAAUAGGACCAUUAUUAAGCGUUGGUCAAUUCCAGCGUUUUAUGCAGGUCAUCAAAAAACUUGCAGAGCGCGUUGAAAAAGAGCAUGAUCAAUUUCUGCGCGAUUCUCAACGUCUGGAAGAUCGGUCGGGCAUAGCAACUGAUGGAAAUCAAGUUGCAAAUGGAAUCACUCAGAAUGUCGAUUUUGAAAGUCUGGUUGGUGGAAAGGCAAAUGGCCAAACAAUCAAAGCAGACACUGCCGUCGACAAUAAUGCUUCUUGGGAUGAUGAUGUAUGGGGAAGUAUAUUUAAUAACAAUCUGAGCGCAACGUCAUCUACGACAACUUCACCCUCACCACCUCAUCAAUCGAGCUCUUUUGCUUCUCCCGCAUCAUCCUCUCUAGUCGCAACUCUGCCCUCCAGGAAUACUUCUUAUCAAUCUCGUCCAUCUAACUUAAACCCGAUUCCUUUGUCGUCAACUUCUACUGCGAGCCCUCUAUCCAGACGUCAAGAAAGAAUGGCCCCAGAUGUGCAAAAAUCCGUCAAUACUGGCUCGCAGGCACGAAUGUCUUAUUCCCAAAACCUCCUGCCCACUCCUCCUAGAGUAACCCCACAGGCGCUUUCACAACCUCUGCAACCGACAUACUCCGCCCCCAACUAUAAUAUCUAUGCAUCCCCUGCGGGUACAGCUACUAGUGGCUCAGCUUUCGCUCCAACGAUUAAUGCAUCCUUGCCUUUGAUGCCACAGCAAUCAAGCAUGGCUUCGCUUACACAACCGAUUCAACCUCAAAUGGGUGGUCUACUGACACCAUCAAGACCAGUUCAAUCAUCAACAGGGACAUCCAAUGUGCUUUCGAAAGAUGACUGGGGGGAUUUCGACCCGUUAUCAUAG